AGAUGUCAGCAUUGAAUCGAUGAUUGCAUUGAAAGUCAAUACAAAGCACUCAUUGUUUACAUUUCGAUGUUUUUUCCGUAACUUUUCGGACAUUAUUUUUGCCGUCGGUUUUAGUGGACAUCCAAUGCCCGCAAUUUCUCAGUCAGAGUGUUUGUCUUUGAGUGGAUUGGUUUAUCUUUGUUGAAUGUCUUUAAUCGGAUCUGUUUUGUGAUUGAAAGAUGGGAUGUGUUUAUUCUCAUUCCCGUCGUUCGCGUUCUUCGCCAACAAUCACCAGUCAUUCAGACAAUCCGCGUGUUUUUCACGUAUGCAAUGUUGAUGAUCAUGGACAAGAAGUCAAUUUCGGGAAAAUCGAAAUAACAGACCACGAGUUGGCUCUUCACCAAAAGGGCCGGAACUCGAUUCUCUGGUCUCUUCGGUCUUUACGUCGCUAUGGAUUCGAUUCAGAGCUCUUUAGUUUCGAAUGCGGACGUCGUUGUCCAACAGGUCCAGGAAUCUAUGCGUUCAAGUGUUCGAAUGCCGAACAGCUGUUUAACGCUCUUCAAGAGGCCAUUCAGUUGAACGCUUCUCAACCGCCGCCGACAGUCAGUCCCGACUCCAACGGAACUGUUCCGGACGUCGCGCCGCGUUUGCCUCCUUCUCGCAAUACAAACCCGACUAAUCCGACGCAUGAAUACAUAAACUCUCCGUUUUACGUCAACGCCGGUCCGCAAACACCACGUGAUACUCAGUUACCGACCGCCAGAUCUGAUGUCAACACGAAUUACGCGAAACUCGAUGAUUUGGUUCGCUUUUAUGUCAACAUCCGAACCCCCGCCGCCUCCCAGGACUCCCAGACCUCGCCUCCACGCUCUCCUCCCGCAGCAGAUCCCGUCAACUACAUUCUACUUGACCUGGACUCGGGCCCGCCCUCCGGUCAGCCCACAAUAGUGACGACAGCCCCGCCCACUCCCGUCUCGAAGACGCCCACAAUGGAGUUGCCAGUUGUAACGCCUCCCACAACUCCCACUUGUAUAACAGUUCCGAUGUCUUACGCGCAAAUAGACUUCGCAAAAACGGAAGCUCUUUCGGCUUCGGCGGCGAAUCGAAGAAAACUGUAAAUAAUUUGUGUUUUCGUAGUCUUUGUUUAGUUUUCGAAUAUUUUAUUAGAAUUAUUAGAAAAUUUGUGUAAAUAUUAUUCGAUUCUAAGGUUUGUUGAGCUUUGAGUUCGACUUUGAGUUCGACUUUGAGUUCGACUUUGAGUUCGACUUUGAGUUCGACUUUGAGUUCGACUUUGAGUUCGACUUUGAGUUCGAAUCGACAAAAGCUGUAAAAUAUUUCAACUUUUGGUACACUUUUGCAGAAAAGUAUUAAACAUUUUCAAAUGUAAGGCUUUUUUUGCCUAAAAUAGUGUGUAAUAUAUAGUCAUUAGUCUAUCGUUUGUUCAAAAAAUAGUCACAAAAAGUCUUGUUUUUUAUCAUUCAAUCGAUUUGUUGUCCAAAAAGUGACCGAAAAAUCAAAGAAAUU